AUGGACGGUGCCGACCCAGACGUCGUCAUGGGCGGUGACGACGGGCCAUCAAAUCACACGUCAACCCCCAACGGUGUCGCCUCGGCUGCGGCUGGUGAUCCGAAGAGUGGAAACCCGACGCCAUCUGACGAGGAAGAAGAAGAGGAUUACGAAGAGUACGAUGAGGAGGUAGACGUCGUCGACCAGACCCGCAGACGCGGUCUCCUACCCACGGCGUGUUGCUACGACGACCGAAUGAAAUUGCAUGUUAAUGCUGACUUCGGCGCCACUCCUCAUCACCCUGAAGACCCUCGUCGCAUAGAGGAGAUCUUCAAAGCGUUCAAGAGAGCCGGCCUGGUCUACACAGGCCCCGAGGCGAAUGUCGCUCAGGUGUUGAGAGACACCCCUACCAAGUACAUGUGGAGGAUUGGCGCGCGCGAAGCCACCAAGGCAGAAAUCCUAACCACCCACACACCCGAUCACUACCGCUGGGUCGAAGACCUGUCCCGAAUGGACUACGCAACACUGCGAGAAACCAGCAAGCAGUACGACCAAGGCCGAGCCUCUCUCUACGUCGGCAGCUUGACUUUCACAGCGUCGCUUUUGUCUUGCGGCGGUGCCAUUGACACUUGCAAACAUGUGGUCGAGGGAAACGUCAAGAAUGCGUUCGCCGUCAUCAGACCGCCUGGUCACCACGCAGAGUACGAUCAACCACUGGGGUUCUGCUUUUUCAACAACGUACCUGUUGCUGUCAAGAUCUGCCAGCAGGAGUACCCCGCAGAUUGCCGAAAAGUCCUUAUCCUAGACUGGGAUGUCCACCAUGGCAACGGAAUUCAGAACAUCUUCUAUGAUGAUCCCAACGUGCUGUAUAUUUCUCUUCACGUGUAUCAAAAUGGAAUCUUCUAUCCUGGCAAGCCUGACAACCAAGAUAUCCCAGACGGAGGCUUAGAGCACUGUGGCACGGGGCCUGGCCUGGGCAAGAACAUCAACAUCGGAUGGCAUGACCAGGGAAUGGGCGACGGCGAAUACAUGGCCGCAUUCCAGAAGAUCAUCAUGCCCAUCGCCAAGGAAUUCAACCCGGAUCUGGUCGUCAUAUCGGCAGGUUUCGAUGCUGCCGCUGGGGACGAACUGGGUGGUUGCUUUGUGACACCUACCUGCUACGCCCACAUGACGCACAUGCUGAUGUCUUUGGCGGACGGUAAAGUUGCUGUGUGCUUGGAAGGAGGUUACAACCUUCAAGCAAUCUCUACAUCAGCCGUCGCCGUUGCUCGCACCUUGAUGGGAGAGCCCCCGCCAAAAAUGGACAUACCCAUGCUUAACAAGGAUGCGGCAAGAGUGCUGGCAAAGGUACAGAGCUACCAGGCGCCGUACUGGGAGUGCAUGAGACCUGGCAUCAUACCCGUUCCUGAAAUUCAGGAUCUCAAUGCCACCAGAUUGCAUGACCACGUCAGACUCGGUCAACGACAGGACCUCUCGCAAAGACAUCAGAUGAUUCCUCUAUUCAUCCAAAGGGACCAUCUCUUCAAAUCGUACGAAAACCAGGUCUUGGUGACACCCGACAUUCAAUCUGCGCGCCAACUGCUCGUCAUCAUCCACGAUCCGCCAGAGUUCCUCGCCCAGCCUGACGUCAUCGACCGUCACAUCGAGCUUCAUAACGCAUGGAUUGUCGACAGUGUAUCCCAAUACAUUGAUUGGGCUGUCAAUGAAGAUAUUGCGGUGAUGGACGUCAACAUCCCUAGCAAGGUUGUGCGGGACGAGGAUAUGGAUCCAUACAACCCCAAGAUAGCGGACAAGGAGCUCCUUGCUGAACUCCAGGAGCUCUUGAACUAUCUCUGGGACAACUACAUUCAGCUUUACGAAGACGCAAACGACAUCAUUCUCAUGGGCGUUGGCCGUUCUUACAAUGGGGUCAAACAACUCCUCACGAGCCGAGACUGCAAGUCACGCAUAGCUGGAGUCGCAAGCUUUGUGGAAGGUAUGCUGCGCCCAGUGAAGUCUGACGUGGACAACGAGCUUUCGACGUGGUAUAAGGACCAUUCGCAAAUUUACGUGUCUCACGACCACCCCUGUUGGGACAGCGAGGACACAGUUCGCCGAGUUUCUAAGAGGCGCUUUGGUACUGUUAUCCGCAGCGAGACGAGUGGCGUCAAUAAGAUGAUGCAGACGCAUGCAGCUGAAGUUCAGAGGUGGAUGUUAGACAAGCUAGCGGCUCGUCAAGGUGGCGAUACAACUGACGACGAGAAGAUGACAUGA